GACGAUGUUUUCAACGGCUUGUCAGUUACAAACAUGACUUCACCCGUGCCCAUCUAGCAUCCCUCUCAUGCAGUUUUUAUCUUCCUCUUCGCACCAGAAAUCCAUCGAGCUAUUGUAGCUCUUACAUUGCCAAGUCGGUAGGUGCACAAGAGGGCGGGAAAGGCUGGCAGUCUUAUCGGGUGGGUUCAAGUCAGGCUGUGGACUGGGGACACAUAUUUGCUUGGUGAGAUACGUCGCCAAGUUGACUUGCUAAUAGUACCACCCCCCGGUAUUUCUUGAAACAUAGGCUUAAUUUUGAGUUCCCGGAAACUAUCUGUUAUGUCGGGACCUUCGGUUCUCCUAUUGAGGGCCACCGUCAAGCCCGAUUGUUGCAUCGUCGAUCAUAGAAGCUCCUGAGGCGCUCAGCGGUUUACAGUUAAAAGCAUCUUUUGGCCCAUUCGCACUAUUUCCCGGUACUCACCAACUCGGCUUCAGUUAUUUUUCAAUGACUUCAUUUCUCUCACCAUACCCGCAAUCCAAGCCACAUGAAGUUGGUGUAGAAGUGCCGUUUGCAGAUUCAAAUGUGGCGCAAUGCACAUAUGACUAUAUUGUUGUUGGUGGAGGAACGGCGGGCUGCUGCCUUGCCUCCCGACUCUCUGAGAUACCUGGCGCCACAGUGCUGCUCAUUGAGCGCGGCCCAAUUGCAGACACCUGGCUUAAUCGGAAUCCUUUACUUUCAGCAUAUUUCUUCCGCAGAGAUGCACCUUCAACUAUCUAUCUUGCCGCGCCCAUUGCGAAUGCCAACAACCGUGUCAUCCAAGUCGUAGGUGGAGAAGAGCUUGGUGGGACCUCCCGAAUCAAUGGGUGUUUGUAUAUGCGAGGCUUCAAGGGAGACUGGGACUCUUGGAACCGGCCUGGAUGGAACUACGAGGAUAUCCUCCCGUACUUUGUUAAAUCAGAGAAUAGCCUCAAUCAACCCGAAUCACAUUUCAGGGGGAAGAAUGGCCCUUGGGUUAACCAAGUACUGCCCGAUAUGCCUUUCAAAAUCUUGCGCCGGGUCUUGGAGGCCGGAAAGCGCAAUGGUAUCCCCGUAGUCUCCGAUAUCAACGCACCGGACGUUCCCUCCUUGGCCUCUGUCUCUGUGGAUUUUUCUAUCGAUCGGAACAGGACUCGUGUAUCUACAUUUUCUGCCUUUCUACCGAAGAGUCUCGCCCUUGCACGGAAGGACCGUCUCAAGAUCUGUACAAAUACCCUUGUGACCAGGGUCGCCGUAAAUGCUGGACCUAAUGGUCUGCAAGCCAAUGGCGUGUACAUUCAAGCUGCGACUGGCUCAGACAAUGUAUACUUUGCACGUGCGCGUAGAGAAGUUAUCCUUUGUGGAGGUGCGAUUGCCUCUCCGCAGAUUCUUCUUCUUAGUGGAAUUGGCCCUCGUUCAUAUUUGGAGAAGAUGGGAAUUAAUGUGAUCUUUGAUUCGCCUGGCGUUGGAAGUGAUCUGAUGGACCACUACUCACUUCCAAUGAGCUACGAGAUUCCGAAGGAAGACUCAUACCACGCUCUAUUCAGCAGCCCGCUUCUUGCACUGAUCGAGUUCCUCAAGUACCUCUUCUUGAGCGUCGGCUUGUUUGCAUAUCCCCUCAUGCAAUUCAGCCUGUUUUUCCGAACAUCCCUCGUAAGGAACGACGGCAGUCUUGACACAAGCAGCUCCGUAGAGUUUGACUCUGGCAACCAGGACAAGGUCCCUGAUAUGGAGAUCAUGCUAUGCCCUAACCAGGUUCAAGAAUACGAAACUGACCCAAUGGACUGGAGUAUUGGAGUCUUCACAUACCUGAGCUGCUUGAUCAAGCCACGUUCAGUCGGUUCAGUCCGACUCUCCUCCACGAACCCUCGUGAUCGCCCAAUUGUGGAUGUCAACUACUUGAGUCACCCAGACGACCUGUCUGCCUUUCGUUCUGCUGCCCGGUUUGUGGAACAUCUCGCAGAGGAUGUUCAGAAGAGUGGUUAUCCCCUGGGAAACGCUCGUCACCCUCGAACCACGGAUGUUUCAGAAGAAGAAUUCGAUAAUUUCAUACGGAAGAAUGUGCGCAGCGCGUACCAUUAUAGUUCAACCUGUCGGAUGGCGCCUCUCGAUGAUUUGAGACCGGGGGUUGUGGAUGACGAGCUUAGAGUACACGGGAUAGGCGGUCUUCGAGUUUGUGAUACCUCGAUCUUCACGGAAACUCUGGCUACCCAUACUAUGGCACCUGCAGUGGUGGUUGCAGAAAAAUGUGCUGAUUUGAUCAAGGCCUCUCACUGACGCGACUUUCAAUGACAUUCACCUCUGACGUCGACUUUAUACGUGAUUGUCAUUUUCGGGAAAUUCAUCUUGCAAUUGAAUCAAUAGGAAGGCGAUAACUUGGAAGUCCAUGAUUGCAGAUAUAAUACAAUGUAGAGGCACUUCUUUUAUAUCCCCUUUUGUUGAUUAAGCAGACCUACUCCUGGCUAACAAUAAUAACACUCUUUCCCUUGUUCAAACCCUUCUGCACUUCAUAGAUUGCCUGUCCGGUGUAUUGCAAUCCAAAUUUCGGGUCUUCUUUGUACUUGAUCUCGCCGCUCGCGACCCGUUUAGGCCACUCGCGGUAGAACUCAUCUGCG